GUGUUAAAAGUUUGUGGGGAAAGUUGAGUGCAGCUGAGGAGCCGGGCGGUGGCUGGGGAGAGCUUGAGGGCCUGACCUGAUUUCCCUACUGCUCUCAUGGCCUGACGCUGACAGAGGCAAAAAUCUGCCAACUCAGGGGGCAGACUCAACCAGGGCUGCAAGCAGGCUUGGAGAAUGACCCCCCGAUCUCCAAACAGCACCUUCCGCAGCUGCACAGCCAUCUCCAGUUGUCUCUGUCACAGUUCUUGGCCCUGGCUGUCCCUGUCUAGUGUCUACUUCCUUUGUGACACAUGGGACUUCUGUCUCCUGCCAGAAUCAUGCGGCUCUGGAGGCCUCGGAGACUGGGGGUGGCUCUGGGAGUCUUCAUGACCAUUGGAUUUGGCCUCCACCUCUGGGGGGUCCCAUUCCAGAAAAGGCUAACCAGGCUGCAGUUUCAACAGUCCUGUGCCCCAUCGCUGCAACCAGCUGCUGAGACUUGCCUACCCCGGCAGCGGCUUGUGUUCCUGAAGACACACAAAUCCGGGAGCAGCUCUGUUCUCAAUCUCCUUCAUCGUUAUGGUGACCGGCAUGGGCUACGUUUUGCCCUACCUAUCCAUUACCAGUUCGGCUACCCAAGGCUUUUCCAGGCCUCUAAAGUCAAAGGCUACCAUCCUCAGAGUGGGAACACCCAGAAGCCUUUCCAUAUCCUCUGUCACCACAUGAGAUUCAACCUGAAAGAGGUGCUUCAAGUCAUGCCAUCUGACAGCUUCUUCUUUUCCAUUGUCCGGGAUCCAGCAGCUCUGGCCCGUUCUGCCUUCUCCUAUUAUAAAUUGACUUCAUCUGCCUUCCACAAGGCACCAUCCUUGACCGCCUUCCUGUCCAAUCCUCGAGCUUACUACCAACCUGGGAUCCAUGGCAACCACUACGCCCGCAACUUACUAUGGUUUGACUUUGGCUUGCCCUUCCCCCCAGAACUGAAGACCAAGAGAGCAAAUCUUCAUCUUCCCAAAGACUCCAACUUCCUCCGGCUGCAUGUCUUGCCUUCCGGUGCUGGCCCUGGAUCCCAAAUUCUAGAUCCCAAGGUUCUCGUUCAGCCUGUUACCACAGUUGCUGAUGGUCAUACACAGCCAGUCAACACUGCCUCUUCAGAUUUGGGGACUUCGUCUUUCAUCCAGUGGGGUCUGGCCUGGUUGGAUUCUGUCUUUGAUCUGGUCAUGGUGGCGGAGUAUUUCGAUGAGUCAUUGGUUCUGCUAGCAGAUGCCCUGUGCUGGGGUCUGGAUGAUGUGGUGGGCUUCAUGCACAAUGCCCAGGUUGGGAGGGAGGAGAGGCUCAGUGCUGCUGGCAACAACUCGCAGACUGCUGAAGAUUGGCAGCUGAAUGCACGGGCCCGAGCUUGGAACAACCUAGACUGGGCUCUCUAUAUUCACUUCAACCGUAGUCUGUGGGCACGGAUAGAGCAAUACGGCCAGAGACGGCUACAACGUGCUGUGGCUGAGCUCCGGGCUCGCAGAGAAGCUCUGGCUAAACAUUGCCUGGUAGGGGGUGAGGCUUUAGACCCCAAAUACAUCACCAACAAAAUGCUCCGUCCUUUCCAGUUUGGUUCAACUAAGGUUUUGGGCUAUGUACUUCAGAGUGGACUGAGCCCACAAGAUCAAGAGGAGUGUGAACGCUUAGCUACCCCUGAACUACAGUACAAGGACAAACUUGAUGCAAAGCAGUUUCCACCUACAGUCUCCCAGCCUUUCAAGACUUCAAGGCUACUGUCCCCAUAGGCAUCAAACUACAAAUUAGGACACAUGUGAUGACAGAGGUGGGGAUCAGAGUGGAGGGGGUGCCGGGAGCAAUCUCUGCUUUUCUUGGAAGGGAUGGAAGCUUUGCCCUGAGGUGAUCCUGGAGUUGUCUGGCAUUUUUGUGGGACGAUCGCAGUACCUCCCUCCACCACGCACUUUGCCUUCUCACACCCCAUAGCAGCUUCAUGUAGCAGUACCCAGAAAGCCCCCUGGAGGAGCAAAAGAUGGGAGUGAGCCAGAGAAAGUUUGGGGCUUGGUUGAGUUGAACUUGUAUGUCCAUUUCUCUCUGAAAUAUUAUAAGGCUAUGUUGAUUUCACUGUGAAAAUGUUUGUUGAAUGAAUAAAUGCUAUGAAAUGUU